CAGAAAGUCAAAUCAAACAUCUCCUUAAAAUUAAUUACUAAAUCAUGAAAUUACUCAAUGAUAAUAAUUCUGUAAUAUCAUCUUUAAAAUUGUCAACAAAUGAUCAUCAUUUAAACAAAACAAUGAUCAAUGAACAAUUGAACAUUGAAAAUGUUGAUAAUGAAACAACUUUAAAUCAUACAACUAAUAUUGUCAAUGUAACAACACUUGAGCCUUUAACAUUGAACAAUCGAGUCGACAAUAUUACCACUGUAACACUGAUGAACGUGACUGAAAUUAAUGUAAAUACAACAGAAGAAGUGUAUACCACGAAUAAUUCAUUGUUAACCAAUACACAUACUACUACUACUACCACUACUACUAACACUGUACAUUUUGAAGAAAACAAACAAACUGAUCACAAAUCAUGGUCAUCACCAUCAUCUCCAUCUCCAUCAUCUCCAUCAUCAACACAUCGGAUAUCACGUAUAGAAGAUAGUGAUUUACAACAAAUGUAUAGUGCUUUUUCAGCACCAGUUGAUAUAACGCAUACAAAAACUGGACAACAAGCAAUAUCGAGACAUCAACAAGCAUUGAUAAAACGUCCGGUUGAUCGAACAGAACACGGUGGAUUACCCUACGGUGGUGUUGUCAGUCUCACGAUAUUAGGCAUAACAUUCGGUCUGUUAUUAUUAAUUUGGUUUUGUAAACGUUGUGUGCUGAAAAAACGUCGUUCAAGAAAAGAUGGUAAGAAAAUGUCAUUGGUUGGUGGAAAAUUAACAUCAGAUUUGAAAACAGCGGCUCAUUUAUCUGCAGCAUUAAAAAGUCAAGAUAAUAUUGCAUUGAAAUCUGAUAUGGAGCUAAAUGAACAAGAACAAGCCGGUGAUAGUGAAAAAGAGAAACAGUAUUAUGGGAAAUUACAAUUUUCCCUGGAUUAUGAUUUUCAAAAAGCUGAGUUAACUGUUGGUAUCAUUCAAGCUAGUGAUUUACCGGCAAUGGAUAUGUGUGGUACAUCAGAUCCAUAUGUGAAAAUUAUUUUAUUACCGGAUAAAAAGAAAAAAUAUGAAACAAAAGUUCAUAGAAAAAUUUUAAAUCCAGUAUUUAAUGAAACAUUUAUUUUUAAAAUUCCUUAUGCAGAGAUUAGUUCAAAAACACUACUAUUUACUGUGUACGAUUUUGAUCGAUUCUCUAAACAUGAUCAAAUCGGUCAAAUCAAAGUACCAUUAAGUACUGUUGAUUUAUGUAAUGUCAUUGAAGAAUGGCGUGAUUUAAGUCCACCAGAAGGUGAAGGUGAAAAGGAAAAUCGUUUAGGUGAUAUCUGUUUCUCAUUGCGUUAUGUACCAACAUCGGGUCGUUUAAAUGUCAAUAUAUUAGAAGCGAAAAAUUUGAAAAAAAUGGAUGUCGGUGGACUUUCAGAUCCAUAUGUUAAAUUAUCAUUAAUGUUCAACGGGAAACGUAUUAAGAAAAAGAAGACCACUAUUAAAAAGUACACAUUGAAUCCAUAUUACAAUGAAUCAUUUGCUUUUGAUGUACCGUUUGAUCAAAUACAAAAAGUCAAUUUAAUAGUGACUGUAGUUGAUUAUGAUCGUAUUGGUACAUCCGAACCAAUUGGUCGAGUUGUAUUAGGUUGUAAUGCAACAGGUGCUGCCCUUCGUCAUUGGUCAGAUAUGUUAGCUAAUCCAAGACGACCUAUAGCACAAUGGCAUACAUUACAAGAUAUGCCAGAAAAGAGCUAAAAGAGUUAAAAUUCUAAUUAUCAAUUAUUAUUGAUCAAUGUUCAAUUAUCAUAUUAUCUAUCAUUUAUCACCGAAUAGCCUUUUGUGUAAUUCAAUGUAUUUUUAUUUUCAAUUUUCACAAAAAACCGUUACCAAAGCAAACUGUUGAUAUUUGAACAAGUAAAACAUAUACAUACAUAUACAUAUAUAUAUAUAUAUUCAAGUGUUUAUUUAUUUACAAAAUCUGUCCGCUUGCUUUAAUUGUUGAUAUUUGAAUAUUUCGCAAAAAAGGUUACAAGAAUAAUGAAUGACAGUUAUACAAUGGACAAUUAAUUGAUCAUUGAACACAGUAUUUAAAUUGAUCAUUCGGUUUUAGUAUUUAUAUAUACAUAUUUAUUGAUUGAUAUUCCCGCUGAAUGAUUGGCUAAAAACACAAAAACAAAACACACACCCAAAAAGAGUGUCAUAAAGCCCGCCAAAAAAUGCGCGCGCGUUUUUUUACAAAUUUGGUCAUUUUAAACAAUCAUUCCCAUAUCAUCAUAUAUAUCUAUCUUAUGCAUACUAAACAGCUUUAUUUGUAUUGAUUUUUUUUGUUUGAUAUAUAUAUAUAUUUGUUGUUAGCUAUUUGGCGCUAAUAAUUGUUUAUGUG